CCUCCUCCUCCUCCUCCUCCUGCUUCAAUCUCCUCCCUUCUCUCCUCCCCUUCCCCUUCCCUCCCCACCAAUGUCUCUUUCAAAAUGGCUGUUGGGUUUGAAGACUAUGGACCAGAUUGUGAUAGCAUGAGGAUAACUGCGUUCUUGGACAUUCCAGGGCAGGAUAACUUGGCUCUGCUUGCACGUCUGGAAAAAUAUGCUUUUAGCGAUAAUAUCUUUAACAGGCAAAUCAUUGCUAGAGGUCUACUUGAUGUUUUUCGAGAUUUCAGUCAUAAUGAGGAAGAUUACUUGACCGUAAUGGCAAUAGUAGUUAGGCUGUCUGAAGAUUCAGAGCCAACUGUACGCACAGAAUUAAUGGAGCAGAUACCACCCAUUACCAUUUUUCUACAAGAAAGUAGGCCAAACUUCCCUACAGCUUUUUCCGAGUAUCUUAUGCCCAUUGUGGUGAGAUAUCUUACAGAUCCAAAUAACCAGGUCAGGAAAGCAAGCCAGGAUUCAUUACUGAUACUACUAGAACAAGGUCUUGUUGCUCAGCCAGAUAUUGAAAAUAAAGUGUGUCCAAUCCUGCUGGACCUUUCUGCUCCAGACAGUGAUGAUGAAUACAAGGUAGAAGCAGUAAAUAUAAUCUGCAAAAUGUCUUCAAUUGUCAACAAAUCUACAGUUGAACGCCUGCUUCUUUCUCGUUUCUGCGAGCUCUGUAGUGAUGGGAAGCUUUUUCAAGUUCGGAAGGUUUGUGCAGCGAAUUUCGGUGAUAUUUGCAGUGCUGUUGGGCAAGAGGCCACAGAAAAUAAUUUGAUUCCAAAGUUCUUUGAGCUCUGCUCUGACAGUGUUUGGGGCAUGCGGAAAGCCUGCGCUGAAUGCUUUAUGGCUGUUUCCUAUACCAUUUCACCUGAAGUCCGGAGGAGCAAGUUGUCUCCCCUCUUUAUCAGCCUCAUCAGUGACCCUUGCAGAUGGGUACGUCAAGCUGCUUUCCAGUCACUUGGGCCAUUUAUUUCUACUUUUGCAAACCCUUCCAGUGCUGGUCUUUAUAUUCGGGAGGAUGGGACACUCAGUAUCCGACCUUCCAGUCCAUGUCCAGCUGCCAAAAUUGCAAACAGCGUGUUAUCUAGUUCAGAGGAGCCAGCAGAAAAUAAAUUGGAAACAUUUACAGAGAAGUCUUCUGUUAACUGCACUGCAUCAAGUUCAAGUGCACAAGAAGAAAGUUCAGCCGCACAUGUUAAUUUUGGAGUUAAUCAAAUUAUAUUCAAUCAGAGUCACAAUGCUGGUCCUUUUGUGACUAAAGAUAUUAAAGACUGUGAAGUCAACAGUUAUCAGGGAAUGAACUCAGGGGUCCAGUGUGCUGAUGAUGUGUUCAAUACUUUCUUAUACUGGCGUCCACCUCUUCCUGACAUAAGCCAGGAUUUGGAACUGCUUCAAUGCAAAACUGAGAUACAUGAAGGGAGCUGCUCAAUGUCAGAAGUUCUGUGCAAUAACUGUGUGGCCAGCAGUGAGAUUAAAAAAGUUCUUCAGAGUUUGCAGGAGCAUAUGGAUGACCCAGAUGUUCAAGCUCAGGUCCAAGUAUUAUCUGCUGCACUCAGAGCUGCUCAUCUUGAUUCAGUCAGCGACUAUGCUGUCAAACAGAAUGAAGAAGUUAAUGGUGACCACAAGGAAGAUGCAGCCAUUUUGGACCUUGAAACAAAUACAGUGAAUGAGAGCAAUCUGUCUUCAUUACCAAGCCAGGAGGAGGUGAUUAAUCCAUCCCCUCCAACUGUAAUUAAAAAUGUGGAGUUAGAAGAGCAACAGAAUGGGCCCAGCAAAGUUUUAGAGGCUGAUGAGAAUGAAGCACUUCUGGAAGAGGAUAAAUCAAAAUUACAGGAUAUUAUACCUCAGCCUUUAUUGGAUCAAUACCUAUCUAUGACAGAUCCUGCUCGUGCACAGACUGUUGAUACAGAAAUCGCAAAGCACUGUGCAUACAGUCUUCCUGGUGUAGCCUUAACAUUGGGCCGACAGAAUUGGCACUGUUUGAAAGAUACAUAUGAAACCUUGGCAUCUGAUGUACAGUGGAAGGUGCGUCGGACCCUUGCUUUCUCCAUUCAUGAGCUAGCUGUCAUCUUGGGAGAUCAGCUAACAGCAGCAGAUCUGGUGCCUAUUUUCAAUGGCUUCUUAAAAGAUCUGGAUGAAGUGCGCAUUGGAAUCCUCAAACAUCUUUAUGACUUCCUUAAGCUCCUUCAUGCUGACAAAAGACGGGAAUAUCUUUACCAGCUUCAGGAAUUCGUGGUUACAGAUAACAGUAGAAAUUGGCGGUUUCGUUAUGAACUUGCAGAGCAACUCAUUUUGAUACUUGAGCUCUAUAAUCCCAAUGAUGUAUAUGACUAUUUAAGGCAUAUUGCACUAACUCUCUGCUCAGAUAAAGUCUCUGAAGUCAGGUGGAUCUCCUUCAGGCUGGUUGUAGCAAUACUACAAAAGUUUUAUGUGAACAAUGCAAACUCUUUGGGAUUAAAUUUCAUUAAUGAGCUGAUUGUAAGGUUUCGCCAUUGUUCUAAGUGGGUUGGAAGACAAGCAUUUGCUUUCAUCUGCCAGGCAGUGGUGGAAGAAGAAUGCAUGCCUGUUGACCAUUUUGUUGAACAUCUGCUACCCAGCCUUCUCAGUUUGGCUUCUGAUCCUGUGCCAAAUGUAAGGGUUCUGCUUGCUAAAGCUCUGAGGCAAACACUGUUGGAAAAAGCAUAUUUUAGAAGUGUGGGCAACCCUCAUCUUGAAGCUGUGGAAGAGACUGUUUUAGUUCUACAGACAGACAGGGAUCAAGAUGUUUCCUUUUUUGCCACCAUCAAGCCAAAAUGCAAUAACAUACGGAUUACUUCGCUUGAAAAACAAAAUUAAUUUUGUUUUCCUCUGGACCUCAACAAAUUUAACCAGCUAAGAGGUUCCUGCUUUGUCUAUUAACCUAAUGGAAGACUGAAUCAAGUAACCAAUGCAAUCUAAGCGAAAAGGGCUUGUUCUUAAUUCACAUUUAAGUGAAGAAUAUGCUGACCUUUUAUCUACAGACUGGUAAUAGUGAUGUGGAAUAUUCACCAAUCAUACUGUCUUCAUUUUUUCUUACACAAACAUGAGUAAUACUCAUGUACAAAAAGUUCAGUAUUGUAUGUGUGUGUGUGUAUAUAUAUAUAUCUAUGUAUAUGUUCAUGUGAGUUUACACAAAUUCACAGCUUCAGCAUCAUUUUGGAGAACAGGAAUAUAUACUUUUUAUAUAAGAGAAGGCAAGUGAUUGUUUGGCUGCAGUCCAGUGUGACACACAAAGCUUUAGCCAGUGAACAAUUUAAAAAUGAUACUUUUUUCAUUUCUGUUAUAAAUUGUUCCAUGGUUAGUGGCACAUGUUUUUUAUAUUAAUCAUUCAAAGUGAACAUAAUGUGCUCCUGAAAACUGGAAAGAACUCAGAAAACUUGAAUCCAUCUCUACAGGUAAAGGUAAAGAUUUUCCCCUGACAUUAAGUCUAGUUGUGUCCGACUCUGGGGGUUAGUGCUCAUCUCCAUUUCUAAGCCGAAGAGCUGACAUUGUCUGUAGACACCUCCAAGGUCAUGUAGCCGGCAUGACUGCAUGGAGUGCCAUUACCUUCCCGCCAGAGCGUUACCUAUUGAUCUACUCACAUUUGCAUGUUUUCAAACUGCUAGGUGGUGGAAGCUGGGGCUAACAGCGGUACCUCACCUUAGAUUUGGACCACCGACCUUUUGGUCUGCGAGUUCAGCAGCUCAGCAGUUUAAUCUGCUGCACCACUGAGGGUUCCCUUCCAUCUCUACACCCCUCCCCCUUUUCAAAAAACACACAAUUGUCUUGUUAGUCAAAGUAUUUUGGGGGCUUUCCCUUCAAAGUAGAUAGUUGUUUUUCAAUCAGAGAGUUUCAUAUUGUGAAUUAUAGCAUGGUAGGGCACAGGUUGGGUGUUUAUGUUUCAUUAAUGAAACAUCACAGUGCAAUUUUUUUCUUUUUGCCCGCUGUUAAUUAAUUGCCCUUUCCACUGGGGGUGUGAUGUAUAAUCCUGUAAACUCAUUCUCAAACUACUUAAUUCAGAAAAUAGUACAUACAGUGUAUUGGUUCUACUUCAUAAUAAGGCAUUUUAGAUUUAUAGAUACAGUCUCGUAGUCUUCAGUACUGGAUUAUUAGUCUUCAGUAAUACAGUAUGAUUGAAAUUUGUUCUAAAUUCUUGUUUCUAUUUGGGAAAUACAAAUUGAGGUUGAGGAUGUAAAUUCCCCAAGAACACAUCAAGCCUUUUUACUUAAAUAUGUAUGAAAGUUCAAAGCUAUGAGAAAUCUCUAUUUUGAGUAAUGAGCAUUUCUCUCUUUUGGAACAUGAUUAGAAACUUCUGUGUAAAGUGUGGCAUCCAGCCCUGAUGGUGCACACAUCCCUCCCCCCAACCUCCUUUCAAUUACAUUCUUUCCCAAAUCAUCUUCCAAAGCGUACUUCAUUAGAUAUGGGAGGCCACACACAGAAAAGAGAGUCAACGGCGUGCCAUACAGCAGGGUUGACUCUCUUUUUUGUACAUACAGUAGAAAUGGAUUGCAUAUGUCCACAGACUAUUUUAGAUCCCCACUAUUUGGAUUUAUUGCUGAAGACUAUGAUUACAGUAACAAAAAUCUGGAUUUCAUUUUUGUCUUGGAUAGGAUUUAAAUCAGUGAAAAUAUAAAUGGGAAAAUGGAUGACCAAUGCGAUCUUAACAUUAUGCUGUUAAGUAGUACGAUACACGAAAGAGUCUUAGGGGAAAAUAAUGAAACUGAAGACUCAUUAAUGUUAUGAGUUUUCCAGGCUGUAUGGCCAUGUUCAAGAAGCAUUCUUUCCCAAAUUUUAGCCCACAUCUAUGGCAGGCAUCGUCAGAGGUUGUGAGGUCUGUUGGAAACUAGGCAACUAGUCACUUGCUUAGUUUUCAACAAGCCUCACAACCUUUGACGAUGCCUGCCAUAGAUGUGGGUGAAACGUUGGGAAAGAAUGUUUUUGGAACAUUGCCAUACAGCCCGGGAAGCUCACAGCAACCCAGUGAUUCCAGCUGUGAAAGCCUUCAACAACAGAUUAAUGUUAUGUUAUUCAUUGAAGGACCACAUCAGUGAGUUCUAUCUAUAGUUAUCCAUGAAAAGUUGACAUGGCACAAUACAUACAACCGCUGUAGGAACUUGAGAGUCCACAAACUCCGAUUAUGUGGUUUGCACAUAAAAAAAUGAUGUUCAGCAUGAAUAGUUCAUGGAUGUUAUCACUGCUGGAAGUAAAUAUUGUGAAUCGAAGCAUAAAUAUAACAGUUCUACAGAAGGGUCAUAACAGUUAUGAAACAAUUUUCUUUUCAGGUUUUAAAAAAUUGAAUUAGUAGCCAUUAGAGAUUGAAAUACAGAAAGCUUCAGAGGGAAUACUGACUAUAUUUGCUAAAUAUUUUUAAAAAACAUGUAGCAAAAGAAGUUUUAUUUAAUGGCAAGUUAAAAUGUUCCAUUCAGUAUUUGUCUUUUAGCUAAGUAGGCCACAAUUGUGUUCUCUUCAGCAUCUUUGAAUCAUUAAGUGGUUGCCUUGUCUGGAUUCUCAGUCUACUUCCUGGUAUGUUUUCUCACUUUUAAAUAAUGGUUUAAUUUGCCACAAUUGCCUACGAAACUCUGGAUAUAAUCUCAUGAAAGAGUCUGUUCCAGACUACAAUACAGUGUUUAGCGUUCGUAAGGAUAUUAUGUGCUUUGCAAGAUCCUAAAAUGCUUUUAGAAACAAUCUAGAAAUGUGUUGUUGCUGCUACAUUAUAACAUGGCUAAACUCUGUGUUUCUGCAAGGUGGUUCUACAUGUUUUAAUAAGUUUAAAGCAAAAUGCCUCUUCAAUGCAAGUGAUUUUUUACAGCCGCAGUUUCUCAACAAAAUGUCAUUUUUUUGUAGUUUUAAUAUCUUUUUCUAAUGCUAACAUUGUACAAGUAUUUUUAACAGUUCAGAUUUUUCUAAAAUUGUUCUAAUCCUCUCUGUUUUUGUUUAUGUUGACCUUAAUAGGUAGGUCAUUAAAAAAAUUUCAGCACUGAUCAUUUUUUUAAGUGUACAUAGAAAUGUUUGUGAAGAAAUGUAUAUAGUUUGCUGUUUGGACAUUCAAACAAUCCAAUUUGGGCUACCAUAUUAGUUUUACAUUGAUACGUACCCCAUUGUUAUACUAGCCUACUCGAUAUUACGAACUUUCAUGUGUCCUUAGAAAGCUGGAGUAGUUAUUAUUUGGUUGCUAUUACAUAUGCAUGAGGAAAUUAACUUUACCAAAAUGGCAGAUCCAAUUUUUCAUUAAAAUUUGCACCUUUUCCUAAAUCCAAGAUUUACCCCAUUUUAAAAUGUGUUUUUUGUUAAAAGGUUUUAAAAAUAUGUUUAUUAUAGUUGCAUGCACUAGUGGGGAAGAUAAUCCUGGGUAAUUUGGCUCAGUCACUCUUCUUCUUCCCUUGCUUUCCCCACCUUGCAAUCCUUUCUUCAUACUUUUUUGUGUUUCUACAUUCAAAUUAUAUUUGCAAUGGGUCUAAAUAGCAAGAAAAGCACUGGCACAGACAUAAUUCAUUUCACAAUGGCUUGUCAAUAGAAUCUUCAUAAAUACCACUGAAAUUAUGAAAUUGUGUUCUGCAGCUACCUUAUAGCUCCUUCUCGAGAACAAAGAGACAAAAUUAGGCAAAGGAGUCAAAAUUAAUAUUUUUAUCCUUUAAAUUAAGGGAAAAGAAAUGUAAAGCAAUCUGAGCAAAAGCUGAUAUGCACUCUUCCCAGACACACAAACAGAAAUGCAAUGAUUUCACUUUAAAAUGUUUGGUUGAAACAAACAUUAGUGCUACAAUACUGAAAUAGUGGGCCUUAAAUAGGUUAGUUGCUUUUGCAUAGAAAUGCUCGUAUCUGAUGCACAUGAUUAUAAAUUUGGCAUCUCCUAGAAUUUGUCCAAGUGGCAGUUGUAUGCCUGUAAAGUAAGGUGUUUAGGGACACUCUGGAAGUGCUACUGAUUUUGUCAGAAAAUAGUCUAUGUAACUUUCUGUUCAUAUUUAUCUCAAUAAAUCCCAUGAUUGUUUUAUCAAA